GGCAUUUAAAUCAACGUAUUUUUUUGUAGUUGUCAAUAGCGUCCAUUACGAAUAGGAUUGUGUUAAAAUAUUGUUUAAUCUUGAUUUUUUUCUCAUUCCUCGCGUGUCCCGUGGAUGUGGACGUUGAAGUGAUGAUCUCGGGUUGUUUCAUCAGCUCCUGAAUAUUAAUUAGGCUCGGCAAUGCAGCACAAUAAGAGGCAGUGCCGAGACACCAGACAGUCAUACCCCGCCAGACACAGCAUCCUGCCGCUGCAAGCUCAAACCCUUCUUACAUCAUCCUCUCGCCUACCAGAUCUUACUUUGACUUUUUAUUUAACAGAAGUGACACUGAGCUGAUUUAAAAGUAUAGAAAAAUGGCAUUGAGAAGAUCUUUAUUUUGUCUUUUGAAAACUCAACUGAAGCACAAUUGCCAGCAGAGCAGAGCUCAGUCAGUGGCGGUCAUCGGCGCCCCGUUCUCCAAAGGACAGAAACGGAGAGGAGUGGAACACGGACCCAAAUUCAUCAGAGAUGCGGGACUUCUGGAGAGGCUCUCAAAUUUAGACUGUCCGGUGCAUGACCUCGGGGACCUGACGUUCCACCACCCGGAGAAGGACGACACCUGCAUGCAGGUGCACUUCCCGCGCACCGUAGGGAGAGCCAAUAAGCUCCUGGCGGGCGCUGUCAGCAGUGCGGUGGGGGCGGGGCACACCUGCGUGAUGCUGGGCGGUGAUCACAGCCUGGCUAUCGGCUCGGUCGAGGGCCACUCGCGCCAGUGCCCAGACCUGGGCCUCAUCUGGGUCGACGCGCACACCGACGUCAACACGCCGGCGACCUCUCCGUCAGGGAACCUCCACGGACAGUCUGUGGCCUUCAUGCUCAAAGAGCUGCAGGACAAGAUGCCCGACCUGCCAGGCUUCUCGUGGAUGAAGCCGUUCCUCUCCUCCAGGGACCUGGUCUACAUCGGCCUGAGGGACGUGGACCCCGGAGAAUACUACAUCCUGAAGACCCUGGGGAUCCAGUACUUCUCCAUGCGGGACAUCGACCGGCUGGGCAUCCAGAGGGUCAUGGAGGAGACCCUGGACCAUCUCCUGGCGAGGAGUCAGCGACCCCUCCACCUGAGCUUCGACAUCGACGCCUUCGACCCGUCCCUGGCGCCGGCCACGGGCACGCCUGUCAACGGCGGUCUGACCUACAGAGAGGGCAUCUAUAUCACAGAGGAGAUCCACAACACAGGCCUGCUGUCGGCCAUGGACCUGGUGGAGGUCAACCCCCUGCAGGGAGCAAGCCGCGCCGCCAUGGAGGCGACCGCCGCACUGGCGGUGGACGUCAUCGCCUCCUCGCUGGGCCAGUCCCGGGUGGGCUCCCACGUGCGCGUGGACGAGAUCCCGUCAUCGAAGGAGGACACGGAGCAGCUCCGGCUCUGAGCGGCCGCCGGGAGGAGGAGGAGCGUUGUGGACGCUAUCGUUGCCGAGCAUUCCUGAAUAAUUUUUUUCCCGAAUAAGAUUGGCGCCGACUUAGGGUUGGACGUUUUUGUCGGGGUCUCACUUUGCGUUUUUGAUUUUUGUUAUUUUCCUCCUCUUUAAGAGUGUUUUUGCGUCUGCUCGUUGGAACUCGGCAGCGAAGGCUGAAUCGUGCCCCGUUUCUCACGUAGAAACGCGGUACCGGACUUGGUUGCCACCCUCACAUCCGUACUUAAGUUAUUUAGGUGUGUGUUCAUGUGUUGGAUUUAAAGGAAAGUAGUGAACCCCUUUCAAGAAGGCUCAGAUGGUGAAUUAAGUUCUCCAACUGUAUUUCUGGAAGGGAAAGGGACAAUGAACGUGUACUUUUUGGCUGUGCCAGUUUGACUUUAAUGAAGUGCACAGCUGGACCCCCUGUGGCGACCGUAUUUACUUUAGUUUCUACUGAUGUACUAUUUACAAACUACUUUUGUAUUUUGAGAAUGAACCUGUGUGUUCGUAUACGAUGUUCGUAGGGAGUGUUUACUGGUAGUAUUAACAACAAAUGGUUUGACCACUAAAAUCUGUUAUUUCUCUUGUUUAAUUAUGGAUGAUUAGUUAAACUAAUGGAGUAGCUUAUGGAUAUGACCAUUGAAUGGAAAAUAAAGACACUAAUGUAA